AACCGGGGCGUUUAGUGCAUUUUACAUCUUUACUCUUCAAAACCCCCCACCAUCGCCUCCAUCAGUGAAGCUUUUGCUAAACCCCUAACAAAGAAGAAGAAGAAGAAAAGAACGGCUAAAGAGACACACUAAAGAAGAAAAAUAUGAAGAUAGAAGAGGUACAAUCAACCACUAAGAAGCAGAGAAUUGCCACUCAUACGCACAUUAAAGGCCUUGGCCUUGAGCCCAAUGGGAUGCCAAUACCACUGGCAGCUGGAUUUGUGGGUCAGGCAGCAGCUAGAGAAGCUGCAGGGCUUGUGGUUGAUAUGAUACGCCAAAAGAAGAUGGCAGGUCGUGCUUUACUGCUUGCUGGUCCGCCUGGUACGGGGAAGACAGCUCUUGCUCUUGGUAUAUCACAAGAACUUGGAAGCAAGGUUCCAUUUUGCCCGAUGGUUGGAUCUGAAGUGUAUUCAUCAGAAGUGAAGAAAACUGAGGUUUUAAUGGAAAAUUUUCGUCGAGCUAUUGGUCUUCGUAUCAAGGAAAAUAAGGAAGUUUAUGAAGGAGAGGUGACUGAACUAUCUCCAGAAGAGAGUGAGAGCAUGACAGGUGGAUAUGGUAAAAGUAUUAGCCAUGUUAUCAUUGGGUUGAAAACUGUCAAAGGUACCAAACAAUUGAAGCUUGACCCCACAAUAUAUGAUGCCUUAAUUAAAGAGAAGGUAGCUGUUGGUGAUGUCAUUUACAUUGAAUCAAACAGUGGAGCGGUUAAAAGAGUGGGCAGAAGUGAUGCUUUUGCCACAGAAUUUGAUCUUGAGGCAGAGGAGUAUGUUCCACUUCCUAAAGGAGAGGUUCACAAAAAGAAGGAGAUAGUCCAGGAUGUUGCAUUACAUGAUCUUGAUGCUGCAAAUGCACGUCCACAAGGAGGACAAGAUAUAUUGUCCCUUAUGGGUCAAAUGAUGAAACCUAGGAAAACCGAGAUUACUGACAAAUUGCGGCAAGAGAUAAAUAAGGUUGUCAAUCGUUAUAUUGAUGAAGGUGUUGCAGAGCUUGUUCCUGGUGUCUUAUUUAUUGAUGAGGUUCAUAUGCUUGAUAUGGAAUGCUUUUCAUACUUGAAUCGUGCACUGGAGAGUUCAUUGUCUCCGAUUGUGAUUUUUGCCACUAACAGAGGCAUUUGUACUGUCAGAGGAACAGAUAUGACUAGUCCACAUGGCAUUCCAGUUGACUUGUUAGAUCGGUUGGUGAUUGUCAGAACCGAAACUUAUGGUCCAGCUGAAAUGAUACAGAUAUUAGCUAUACGUGCACAAGUGGAGGAACUAGAAAUAGAUGAAGAAAGCCUUGCUUACUUGGGCGAGAUUGGACAGCAAGCUUCCUUAAGGCAUGCUGUACAGCUACUAUCACCAGCCAGUGUAGUCGCCAAAAUGAACGGCCGUGACAAAAUCUGCAAGAUGGAUCUAGAAGAAGUAAAUACAUUGUAUCUUGAUGCGAAAUCAUCUGCCCGACUUCUUCAAGAGCAACAGGAUAGAUACAUCUCAUGAGAAACUGUACCGUAAUAUCCUGUUCAUUCUUAAAUCUGGACGCUAUAGCUUUGUUCGUUGAGGUGCUCGUAUCCAAAUUGCAUUUUGCAAGUCAAUUUGUUUCAUUUAAGGAUGUGGCUGUCUUCUGUAACUGAUGUUUCAUUACGUUAAGCGUACAUUCUAGCCCGUUGCGGUGAGGUGACUCCUGUGUAUUUGAUACUCUUGCUAAAAAUGUGUGGUGCGGAAUUUUUUCAGUAAUGGCUGUUUGUUACAAGAUACUUACAUUAUCCUAACCCUAAACCUGUUAGAUAAUGAUCUGGUUUUUCGACAUAUUUUGAAGAUGAAUUUAUUUUCUUCUCCAA